AAAAAAAAGAAAAGAAAAAAAUAAAUUGAAUUAUGGAUUCGAACAAAAACGAGAGCCGAAGAAGAACGAUUCGUGUUUUGAUGUUCCCGUGGUUAGCUUACGGUCACAUAACACCCUAUCUCGAACUCGCCAAAAAACUCGCCACCAAAAACAGCUCGUUCAUCAUAUACAUAUACUCCACCCCGGCCACGUUCACUUGUAUUGACAAAAAAGUCCCUCAAAAUCUCUCGAAUUCCAUCAAACUAGUCCCCUUUCACUUGCCAAACACACUUGAACUACCAAGUCAUUUGCACACCACAAGAGGCCUCGCAUCCCACCUCAUUCCAAAGCUCGAAGACGCCUUGAACUCAUCGGCCAACCAAUUUUCCGAUAUCUUGGAAAAACUCGCGCCCGAUUUGUUCAUCUACGAUUGUUUCCAAUCAUGGGCGGCUUUACUUGCCAGAGAUCGGAAUAUCCGAGCGGUUGAGUUCAUGACAAGUGGCGCUACGUCAGUUGGCCACCUGUACCACUUGUUGCUCCGUCGAGGUACCGAGUUUCCGUUCCCGAAUAUUUAUCAAAAUGGUGUGGAGGAUGAUAAGCGGUUUGUGGAGAUUAUUUCGAGCGUGGAGAAAACUAAUGCAAUGCUCGAGGGUGCUAGGGUUUCAAACAAGAUUGUCUUGAUCAAAGGUUGUCGGGAAAUCGAGGGUAAGUACAUCGAUUACCUCUCGAGUUUGAUGGGCAAGAAGUUCGUCCCCGUUGGUCCGUUGGUGGUUCUAGAAUCUUCUAGUAACCCUAACGACGGAAAAGAUGACGAAAUAAUGGCGUGGCUCGCAGAGAGAGAGAAGAAAUCGACAGUUUUCGUUUCGUUUGGUAGUGAGUGUUUCAUAACUAAGGAGGAUAUACACGAGGUCGCUUACGGUCUUGAACUUAGCAAAUGCAACUUCAUAUGGGUUUUGAGGUUGCCUAAAGGUGGUGACAAUACUAAUAUUUCAUCAAUAGAGGAAAUGUUGCCAAUAGGGUUUCUCGAUAGGGCGAACGGUAGGGGUAGGGUUUUGGAGGGGUGGGCCCCACAGACGAAGAUUUUAGGGCAUGCGAGCGUCGGGGGUUUCGUGAGUCACUGCGGUUGGAAUUCUUUGAUGGAGAGUAUGUACUUUGGGGUUCCGGUUAUUGCAAUGCCGAUGCAUGUCGACCAACCGAUUAAUGCAAGGCUCGUGGAAGACGUUGGCGUAGGAGUGGAGGUUUUGAGAGACAAGAAUAAGAGGUUCCGUAGAGAAGCGGUGGCGGAAGUUAUAAGAAGUGUGGUCGUGGAAAGUUCCGGAAAGUUCGUGAGGAAACGAGCUGCUGACGUGGGGGUGAAAUUGAGGGGCAAGAGAGGUGACGAGGAGAUUGAUGAAGUUGUGAAAGAACUUGUAGGGCUUUGCAUGCAAUAAUUAAGAGUACUUUGAGACAAAGAAUAAUUAAUUAGUUAAUUAAUGACAUCUAUUGAUUAGUCAUAUGAUAAUAAUUAAUGGCUUGCUAUACUAAUACAAGCUUAUAUUAUGUAAUUUCUUGAAUGUAGUCUAUCUGUUUUUCCUAUAGUUUAAUUUGGAUGUUUGUCUUCUGCAAUUGUGUUGUUCUUUGUGAUCAUAAUUUCAAAUACUUGGCUUUGAUCAUGUUUUUUUUUUGGCACAAAAAGCUAUAAUUACUUAAUUACAACCUAUAGGAACAAUAAUCAUUAAGAACUCAUAUUUAGUAAAAAGAAUCAAUUUAAGGUCAACAAAUAAAAGAGCAAUUAUAUAUUUUUUUUAAUAACAAAUGAACCCGCAAACAACUAUAUAUAAAACACGUAUUGGGUCCACUCACGUACCAAAAAUGAUGUCAUUUUCUUUUGAAAUGUAGGAUUAAAU